ACACUCACUUCAAGCCAAUGCAAUCUUUGUUUUAAUUUGUUUUAGUGCUGUGGAUGAGUGGCUUUGUUUAAUUAGUGCUUGUUUAAGUAAUAUUUGUUUUAUUUACAUUGUAAUAACUAGUAAAACAGAUAUCAGAACUUUCUUGUUUUAUGUUUGUGACUGUUAACUAUACAUCUUAAUUUUUUUAAUCAAAUUAUUGUUCAACUCUUGUGGCAAUUGAACCCACAUAUACAUAGGCCACAGCAGACCCAAGGCAUUUAUGUAUAAAAUUAUAUGAAUUUCUCUCAUAUUUAUUUGAACUAGGGAUUUAGUUUAGAGGCUCCCUCUGUGGCAGCCGUCAACUGCUGUAUUUCUCCUGCCUUCAGAUAUUCCGCAGCCAACACAACAAUAUUUGGAGAUCAAUAAUUAUUUUCAAGACCAAAAUAUUAAGCAGAAUUUAGACUGAUUAAUGUGCUUUCUUUGCUGCUAGCUGCAGCUGCCUCUACUCUGAACUAUGUUCUUUGAACUGGAAGCCAUCUGUGUUGAUAACAAGAGAUAUACAUAUGUCAGGGCUCUUUCUUGCUGCUUGUCUGAAGCUGAGUCCCUUCGGCAUCUGAUUUACUAGAGGUUAUGUGAAUGGAUAUAUGAGUUGGUAUAAUUGGUUUUCUCUUUUUUUUAGUAUUUUGAUUAUGACUAUCUCUUAGCCGUUGAAGGACCUAGCUGUUCAUCAAUAGGAGAUCUGGGUCAUUAGAGAGUUGAAAAAAAGGCGGCUCAAUACCAGAACUUGCAGAGAUGCUCUAUGAUUGAAACAAGUACAGAAAUCAAUAUCCAUUAAUCAAUCUCAAAGAUUUUAUUGUAUGUAUUCACACAUGUUUGUGCUACACACACACACACUUUUUUUGUUUUGAUCAGCACACACACACACACACACAUAUAUAGAUCAUCCAGAAACCAAUGAUUGUUUUGAUAACCAUGGUUUGUUAGAAUUUGCUUCAGACACACCAUGUGAUAUCAUGCUGCAUCAGCCUUUGAACAAGUGUGUGAAUUCAAAUCAGCUAAUUAACUGGGCUGAAGAAUACAAGAAUUCCAAAAUAUGGAUUAAGACUGCUGGAAUGGGAUGGUUGGUGCAGACUAAACUGAGAUGGAGGUUCAAGUGAGGAGAUUUGAGCAUUUAUCUUCAGGCUUGGAUUAGGACUUAGGGGUAACAUAUGCUGUCAUUUUGUUCAGUUGCUACCACAUGAUAGAUUGAACAUUCAAGAAUUGCUGAUAAAGUUGCGUUGUUGAAUUAAGAGGCUGUUUAAAGUAAAGUUGCUAUUGUCUUGAAAUCAAUGGAUCCUUAUCGCUGCCUCCUCAUACUGGCGAAGACCAUUUGAUACACCCCAUGUUGCUGAAUUUUUGGAUGGACCAGGAAUGGUAGUCUUUAUGUUGAUGCCAAGGGAGAUAUUGCUUUUUCUGUUACUGAAUUUAUGAUUGCUGGUUAGACUAAGAGCCUUGAAGUUUCAAUUUCUGAAUUUGGUUUCGUUUGAAGUGUUGCUUCAGCCUCGUGUCUUUGAGCUAUAUCUCUUCAUGUUAAAGGAUGAAUGAAAUCCAUAGUAAAGCAUUAUAUAAACUACAAUGUUUUCU